AUGUCGUCGCCUUGCGGGUUUGGAUUUUCAUCCUCGCCAGAACCGGCGUCGCCGUCCACUAUUGAAACUCUUCGAGAGAGAGAAAUAGAAGGCAGUUCGCCUAUCGGUAUUGGAUUCAGCAGUAACCAUGAGAACACGAGGAGUCCGCAAAGUGCCCAAUCGCCUGUUAAACGUAGGAGAAUGCUCCAUUGUGACACCCCGUCUACAUGCGCACAAGAAAGCAGCGGACAACGAAAAACAAAGCGAAGUUUAAACUACGAGGGUGAUUCUGAAGUAUCUGAUGACAAUGAAUGUUGGUUUGAACGAAAAGUAGUUUUUGUUGAUGUUCUGAAAAACUGUUCGGAAUACGACCGGCUCGAAAACCGGUUUACCAAAUGUGACCACUGCACAAAUUAUAAAAAGCAACUAGAGGCAACAAUGAAUAAAGCUAAAAGAAAGGCCAUUCAAGAACUUCUGGAUGAACACAUUGAACGUGUUAUGAAUGAACGAAGAAAAUAUCAUCUUCAUCGGUACAAAGCACGGCGGAGUCCUUCAAAGUACCUAACAAUCAUAUUGGAUGGUAUGGAUCAAUCCAAAACUGAUGUACCAAAUCUUCGAAGAGUCUGCAAAUCAACUGCAAACCUGCAAAAGUUGAGAACACAUCUUGUUGGAACUAUAAUGCAUAGUGGGUUGUGUCCCAUGGGAAAAUUAUUCCAUGGUAUGUUUGACCUUUUUCAAUGGAAACAUGACAGCAAUCUAACAAUGAACAUUCUCAUCAAACUUCUUGCACUGCUCAAUGAUCGCUAUGGUUUACCACCCAUACUUAAUCUCCAAGUGGACAACUGCUGGCGUGAAAACAAAAACAAAUAUGUUUUAACUUUAUUAUCUCUUUUGGUGGAAUGGUCGGUGUUUGACAAGAUAAAGGGCAACUUUCUACCAGUUGGCCAUACGCAUGAAGACAUUGAUGCAUUAUUUGGCUGUUUUUCAAAGCAUCUUAAAUUUCUUGAUGUAUAUACAGUAAAUGAUAUAAGAAAAGCAUUUGAAGAAUGCUGUAACAAGCCAUACCCAGAAUCUGACUGUUUAUCAUGCAUUUAUGAUAUCAAGAAGUUGUUGGAUGGUCACAGUGAGGACUUACACAAUCAUGUCAAGCCACACUGCUUUAAAUUUGUGAGAAAUGAAAAAAACAAAGCCGUAAUGUAUUACAGAAAGUGGAGUGAUGAUGAAUGGAUGGGUCCUAUUUCUUUAUUAAAGUCAACUCCUAUGGACAUGCCAGUCCAAAUACCAGCAGAUUUUGCAAAGGCAGACUUACCUAAGCUUGCAGUUGACAUGUAAAAAUGGUUUUCUGUAAUGCCCUCAACAGCACAAGGAUGGUGGGAAUCAUUUUUGCAGACAACAGGCAACAAUGAUGCUACAAUUAUAAUACGUCUCCAAUAUUUUCACUGAAAAAUCAUGUUAGAAGACCAAAUGCUGAACGUGUUGAGACAGCUGAAAUACCAGCACAGCUAUCUGCUUUGAGAGAGAAGGAGCUAGACAAAGAAGAAGAGAUAUAUACUGGCUCAUAUCAAGCUCCAGCUUCCCGGGGCAUAAAUAUGGAUGAUAAUUACUUGGCUGCUUUGAAACCUGAUGUGUUUGUGGCAGUAAAUAUAUCUAACUACAAAAAAAGGCCAAUCAUUGGGAAAGUAUCGGAGGUUGGAAAUGAUGAAUUUUGUUUACAAUACUGGAAGGGAAAUUAUAGCACUGCUUGGGAACCCCACAUUGUGAAUAGUAAAGAUGGGCCAACACCAUGGGUGGAUACCAUUCCCAAAGCGGCUAUUAUAAUAUGUGCGUUCGAACUUGAUGACAAAAAUCAUUUGCUGGAAAACACCAGAAAAUUUAUUAAAAAAUGGUACAGAGAUCACAAAAAAAAAGCCUAACCAUUAGAGGGAAAAGGAACUAUACUGUGCCCCAAUAUUUUUUAUAUGAGAACCUUAUGAAGUACCAAAAUGUAUUUGUGAGAAACAUUUGUAUAUUUAACCAUUCUCAAUACCAAAUUUACACUAAAACAAUUAGUCGCCACAGCUCAUAUCUACUUUGCCUUCUGCUCAGUGGAUAUGGGCUUGUAAACACCUUGCCUUCAGGCUUCAACAACUAAUAGACCUAUAUGGAUUUAAUACGAUGUCAAUUAUUUCUGUAUGAACACAAAGAGCAGCAUUCUCUGAGAGAAUUGCAAUAUGUGUUAUUAUAAUUCUUGCAGGAAAUUCUGGUAUUUGUGAAGCAUUUGAUGUCCUAAUGCAUAAGGAGUAUUGUUACUGUGUAUCAAUGAGCAUUAGAAAUUGCCAUGACUCGAUUUAUAACCUAAACAAAAUAUAGUGUUGCAACACUUGCGUAUACAGUAUUUACUCGGUUUAUUUAUUGUCAUCAACACGCUUUUUUGGGCCGCCCUAUGAUCUUAUAAAUCAAUAAAUGUUAUUUUAUAUGCAGAAGACUCGUGCUCACUUACCGGUAUUUGAUGCAUAUGGCUGUACUUAUUCACCUAUCAGAUCUUGUUAAUUUCAGUAUAGGACAACCUUCUAAGCUUCGAGUUGGCGAAACCAAAGAAACAUUCAGUAAUAUUUAAAAAAACCCUUUAUUUGUAAAACCUUGUUUGCCUUCUUCGCCAUACAUGUUUUUAAAAUACACAAAACACAAUUCAAACACGUAUUUAUUUUGUGGCCUGGAUCUCUGAAUAUAUUAGAUCUGAUCUAAAUAUAUUAGAUCUGAUGAACUGAUGUUGAUAUAUUUAGUUGCAAUUUUUACUAUAAAUUUGUUUCAAUCCGAUCCUGUCUGUUGUGUGUUUAUCAUGUAAUAUCAGUGUGUUGUAGUUUAGGUAAGCAGGGAUUUUAUUCUUUAUGUGCGUGGACUGUGGAGCAAAAGAGCAAGUGGUGUACUGAAUGCAUAUGUGAUGUAAGUUUUAAUACAUUGUGCACUACUGAAUUUUUCAAAUAUUAUACAAUAAAUAUAUAACAAUUUACUAUAGCACUGCUUUGUGGAAACACACUUCUGCAAAUUGUUGAGGUUUUUUAGGUAGUCUUUUUUUUAAUAAUUAUUCCAAUAUAAAAUAGUUGUUUAAGAUUUGUUGACUCUCCUAUUACUAAUCAAUUUCCUAUUACUAUAUGAUUCCAUUUGGAACAAGAUGUAAAUGCCUGAAAUUUAGGGUUCCUUUUUGUAUUAAUCAUGUUGCC